UUCGCGUUUGGCACGAACGGACGGGAAAAUUUGUGCUCGCUGUCGUCUCACUGUUGCUGCUGCUGCUGGAAGCUAGCUGUGUGUGCGCGCGUGUGUGUGUGUGCGUGCGGAAAAGUUGCUCCCCGAAAAGGGUGCUCCUGCUAGAUGGGCGCUGUGUGCAUACGCUGCCCGAUAUUGUGGUGGGAUUAAUGACGGUGCAGUGAAAAUUGAUCGACAAUUGGCAACGGCAUCGUGAAAAUAUUCCACCCCAUCCGAAGGCCACAAAAACCCGUCGUCCACAUCUUUCCCCCUUCCCCACACAGCCAAGGGCGUUUUGUUCCGAAUUUUCCGCAACGUUCGACCCAGCAGGCCAUGUUGGUUUUUUCACCAGACUAUUGAUUGAGCGAAACGUCGUCGAGUUCGAGUGUGGAGAGCCGUCAAAGGAAAAAAAAGGAAAAAAAACGAAGGUGAACAGAAAAGAAGAAGCAGAGCGAACGGGAAAACAACAGCAUCAUCAUCUGGGUGUAAUUGAGAUGAUAUCGAGUCCGUGCAAUAGCGAGUGAUAUAGGGAGAAAGAAGAAAAAGGCAAAGCCAGAAAAAAGAAAAGGAAAUCGUUUGCCGUUUAAUUUAACUACGCUCUCGUGCGCCCGUGUGUGUGUGUUGGUAGUGGCGCCGUUUUGCGUUGGCUAGUGUAGUAGUGGAUUAGUGGCGCGUGUGUGUGUGUGUGGUGAAAAUAAAUAGUAAUCACUCGUUCGAUCUGUGGUGCGAAUCACGGGGGUCCCAGUUGCAUGCUGUACAUGGUGGAAUCGCACCAGCCUUAGUGGGCAGGCCGCAGCUCUCGGGGCACCAGGGGCACCAUCCGUUCCGGUGCCGCCAUGAGAAACGCCACGAAGGAUACUGCCGCAACGCAGCAAACCGUGUACACCGAUAAGGUCAAUUAUGGUGGUGUGAUUGAUUCGUUGAAUCUGAAGAAUGAACCAAGCGGUCCACCGACCGCGACGGUACAGCAUCGGAACAGUGUGCGGCAGCAGCAGCAGCAGAAGCGGCCCUCGGUCGCGAAGGGCGGUGGAGGAGGAGGAGGAGGAGGAGGAGCUGCACCAGCAGGACGUGUGUCCACAUCCAGCGAUGGUACCGACACGUCCGGGAGCAGCUGCAGCGAUGGUGACACGUCGUCCUCGUCGUACGACGAGCCGAACCUCCCGUACCCGGGCUUCACCGAGUUCUCGCUCAAGUACCUUGCUCAGGAAACGAAGCCACGCAUCUGGUGCCUGCAGCUCAUCACUAAUCCGUGGUUCGAGCGUAUCUCGAUGAUAGUCAUUCUGCUUAACUGCGUCACACUGGGCAUGUAUCAGCCGUGUGUGGAUGAUGCUUGCGUUACCAAUCGCUGCAAGAUACUGCAGAUAUUCGAUGACAUCAUCUUUGCCUUCUUCUCGCUCGAGAUGACAAUCAAGAUUGUGGCGAUGGGUGCCUGGGGCAAGGGUACGUAUCUGGCCGAUUCGUGGAAUCGGCUCGACUUUUUCAUCGUGCUUGCCGGUGCGCUCGAGUACUGUCUGCAGGUGGAGAACCUUAACCUAACCGCCAUCCGUACCAUACGCGUACUGCGGCCAUUGCGUGCCAUCAAUCGCAUUCCGAGCAUGCGAAUUCUGGUGAUGCUGCUGCUGGACACGCUGCCCAUGCUCGGCAACGUUCUGCUGCUGUGUUUCUUCGUGUUUUUCAUCUUCGGCAUUGUCGGGGUGCAGCUGUGGGAAGGUAUCCUGCGCCAGCGGUGCGUCAUUAAGCUGCCGGACAAUGUGUCACCGCCGUCCUACCUCACGUCGUCUCCGCGUAACAUUUACUACCGAAUUGUUAACCAGAAAAAAAUCAAAACAGAUGUUUCCUUUUACUACGAGUUCUCCAAGGAGCAGGACUACAUCUGCUCCAAGCCAGAAGACUCCGGAAUGCACCUGUGCCAGAAUCUACCACCCUAUCGAUUAGGACCGCUCGUAUGCAAUGACACGGCAUUGCCCUACUCGGAGAAUGAACCCACUGCUACGGCCUGUGUGAACUGGAACCAGUACUACACGAACUGUACGCAGCUCGGCAACAAUCCGUUCCAGGGGACAAUAUCGUUCGACAACAUAGGACUCGCGUGGGUUGCAAUAUUUCUUGUCAUAUCUCUCGAAGGCUGGACCGACAUCAUGUACUACGUGCAAGACGCGCACAGUUUCUGGGAUUGGAUCUACUUCGUGCUACUGAUAGUGAUUGGCUCGUUCUUCAUGAUCAACCUCUGCCUGGUCGUCAUCGCGACACAGUUCUCCGAGACGAAGAAGCGCGAGAUGGAGCGGAUGCGACAGGAGCGGGCCCGAUUUACAUCCUCCUCCACACUUGCGUCCAGCACAAACAACUCGGAACCGACGACCUGCUACGCCGAGAUCGUCAAGUACAUCGGCCAUCUUUACCGCCGUCUCAAGCGCCGCAUCAUUAAGAAGUUACGAUUGUAUAAAUACCACAUGCAAAGGCGCAAGGAAGGUCUCAUACCGUGCACACCGGAAACGAUCACACUGUCGCCGAACAAAAUCAAAGCCCAUCACCCAAAGUGUCCGCGCAUGGGCGCCCUGCUGCAGCACGCUUCGAUCACCAAUCUGCAGCAGCAAAAGAACAAGCACGAUCUGCAGUCCAAUCUGUCGAUCAAUCGGACGGGCGUCGCGGCGCUUAACCACCCGGAGACGGGCACUGUCCCGGUGGACAAUCAGGUUUCAUCACCCGAGGUUUCGGAGAUUGUAUCGCUGGAGAACAUCAAAAACAAUGCACUAAACAAUUCGACCAACUAUCUGAACGAGGAUCGCCAGAAAGUGUUACUGCUCAAGAUCAACAAUGAGGAUCAAUCAAACGGACAAGAUCACCACUGUAUGCCGAGCUUGCUAAGCCCGCCGUCAGCAGGUAGACGAAGAUCGUCCGUUAUGUUUAACGAAUAUGUAGUGCUUCAUACGCCUCCAACCAUUACAGAACCACCGCAAGAUAAGAAUGUGUACUGUUUGGAGAAAAUGACCCAAGCGGGUGAUGGAAGCAUCUGGCAGGUUAACUUGCCACACUCGCUGCAAACAGUGAGCACCGUGUUUAAUGAGUACUCCGAUCUCUGUCUAACGGACGCGAUGACCUGUCAGGAGCUGUUGGCAUUCUCGGUAGCCUUCUCGGCCGCCCUGCCCACAGGUCAAACGACGCUCGAAUCGUUCUACACGUCGCUGAAGCGUGCCAAGGGUACGGAACCGGCCCGCUUCCUUACCAACCAACCGGGCGGUCAACAGACGAACGCGAAUUUGCCUCUGCCCGAGAUAGAGCGGCUGAGCAGCAAGUCCAGCAACGAACCUUCGCGGGCCAGCUUCGAUCCAGUCUCGACGGGCAUUAACAACAUCAACAUGGAGGAGUUUGCCUGCUGUUACGAGUACUAUCAGAACCAAGGUCUGGCGGAGGAGAAGCCCGCUCAGCGCUCCAAGUGUGCGAGGGUGCUGAUUGGCGUGUGGCGUUGCUUCCGCCGCUCGUGCCACGUGACGCGCGUCCUCGUGAAGAAGCUGGUCGAUCACAAGUACUUCCAGCAGGGCAUACUGCUCGCGAUCCUCAUCAACACGCUCUCGAUGGGCAUCGAGUAUCACGAUCAACCGGCAGAGCUGACCGCCAUCGUCGAGACGAGCAACAUCGUGUUCUCCGCCAUCUUUGCGGUGGAAAUGAUCCUCAAGGUGAUCGCCGAAGGACCCUUCCGGUAUGUCGCCAACGGGUUCAACGUGUUCGAUGGUGUGAUUGUCAUACUCAGCGUGGUGGAGUUAGCGCAAGCUUACCUUGGCGAGGGACAGGGCAGCUCGGGCUUGAGCGUGCUGCGCACCUUCCGGCUGCUGCGAAUACUGAAGCUCGUGCGCUUCAUGCCCAAUCUGCGCCGGCAGCUGUUUGUCAUGCUGCGCACCAUGGACAAUGUGGCAAUCUUUUUCAGCCUGCUGAUACUCUUCAUAUUCAUAUUCAGCAUUCUUGGCAUGUACCUUUUUGGAGGUAAGUUCUGUAAGUUUGUCGAAGAAGGCGGGAAAGAAAGGGAAUGUACUUGUCCAGAAAUUGUCUCCAAGCAUCCGCAAUGUGAAUGCGACCGUAAGCAUUUCAACAAUAUCCUCUGGGCCACUGUAACCGUGUUUCAAAUACUCACGCAGGAGGACUGGAAUGUGGUGCUGUUCAAUGGCAUGGAAAAGACAAGCCAUUGGGCCGCACUCUACUUUGUCACGCUCAUGACGUUCGGUAAUUAUGUGCUGUUCAAUCUGUUAGUCGCUAUUCUGGUGGAGGGCUUCAGCUCGGAGCGUAACGAGAGGCGCGAAAGAGAGCAGCGAGAGCUGGUGAAGGCUAAGCUGAACGCCGAAGCCCUGGCACAGGAGCAAAGCAUGGAGGUGUACGACGAUCAGCGCAGUUUUUCCGAAUCUUCCACCACGGACAGCUACAAUGGGUCCCGGGGCAAGUGGUACAGCGUCGAGGAGCUCAGCAAGGUACGCAAUCUGGAUAUAAAGUGCAACAUUCAGAAGCAACGUUUGCUGCAACCCAACUACGAAGAUCCGAAAAACGUGGCCCAGAAAAACAAACGCGAGAAGGACGUCUCAAAGCCGGAACCUAGCGCAGGCAAAAAGAAUAGGGGGAAAAAGACCGAAUCACUGAAGCUGUACAACAUCCAGGUUCAGGAUCCGCCGAUUAUUACCACCACGGCGGCAACGCCCCAAGAUUCGCCGAGCGGCACGAUGGAGUCGGGCACGAGCUUCAAGGACUGGGAUCAGGCAGACUUUGAGAAGUACGAGCGGGAAAACUCUUCCCUGCUGAAGCCGCCCUCCAUACUAGGGUCGCUGAAAACACUGGACGAUCGCACGUUCUUCGAGGGUACGCCCGUGCUGAAUGAGAUGCGCAAGAAGCACGACAAGAACCACACCACCUCGUCCGACAGCCGGUUGGCGGUGGCGGAAAAGCACCAGAAAAAGUCGGAUAAACCGCUCACCGAGUCGGUCAGUGCACCGAAAGCCGUUGGGAAGGAGGAAACAGCCAAUGGUGGCCUUCAUCGGCAGGUCUCCACAGAGGAGGGUGUUCUGAACAAUGGAAAGAUUUUAUCUCAGCCUAAAGGGUUCGGUGCAAGUGAUCGCCGCAGAACGCAUGAUCCGCUGUUGGAAAAAAGCAACCGGAUACAGAACGAUACGCAAGGUUCGAGGACGCCGAAUCGCAGGCGCAGCUCGGUAAGACGAUCGUCCUCGGUCAAGGUCGACAGUGGGGCGAGCAGCAUUGCUAGCAACCUCAGCCUAACGUCACACCCUCGCUGCUACUACAACAAUGGCAGCACGAAGUACUACUUCGAUCGCAAAAACUCGCUACGAUUGUGCGACAUUAGGACGCCGAACAAUCGGCGCCGUAUGUCCUCGUUCGAGCAAGCCUACCACAAACAGUCGCCGAUGAGCAGCAUCCGCAAUCUCGAAAUCAAACAGCUGCAGGACGAGCUGGACAAGGGUAAGCUGGACAAGUCGUCGAACGCUUUCAAGAUUGCGGGAAACAGUACCGAGCUGGGCGGCAAGACGACCAGAAACGACGGGACGCCGAAGAAGAAGGGCAAGGGCAGACUGAAGCAGUUCUUCCGCAUGGUCACGCCGUACCAUUUCGUGGAGGAUCACGAAACGUACACGCUGUACCUGUUUCCCGAACACAACAGAUUUCGACAGGUUUGCACGUGGUUUGUCAACCAGAAAUGGUUCGACAACGUCAUUCUGCUGUUUAUCGCGCUCAACUGCAUCACGCUGGCGAUGGAACGUCCCAACAUUCCACCCAACUGCACCGAACGAUACUUUCUCUCCACUGCCAACUAUGUUUUCACUGUCGUGUUUGCAGUGGAAAUGUUCAUCAAGGUGGUUUCAGCCGGACUGUUCUACGGACCGGACGCCUACUUCACCUCGGGAUGGAACAUCAUGGACGGUUCGCUGGUGAUUAUCUCGAUCGUUGAUCUGCUGAUGUCGCUGAUUAGCGAAUCGAGUCCCCGGAUCUUUGGUAUCUUGCGGGUGUUCAGACUGCUGCGAUCGUUGCGCCCGCUGCGGGUGAUAAAUCGUGCGCCAGGGCUGAAGCUAGUCGUUCAGACACUCCUCUCUUCGUUACGCCCGAUCGGUAACAUUGUGCUGAUUUGCUGUACAUUUUUCAUCAUCUUUGGUAUUUUGGGAGUGCAGCUCUUCAAGGGUACGUUCUACUACUGCGAGGGCGAAAACAUUAAGGAUGUCAAGAACAAACAGGACUGUUUGAAAUACGAGGGGAACGUCUGGAUCAACAGAAAGUACAACUUUGACGAUCUGGGCAAAGCACUCAUGUCCUUGUUCGUGCUGUCGUCGCGCGACGGUUGGGUUAACAUCAUGUACACCGGGCUCGAUGCGGUUGGCGUGGACCAGCAGCCGAUCGUCAACUACAACGAGUGGCGCCUGCUGUACUUUAUUGCCUUCAUACUGCUCGUCGGAUUCUUUGUGCUGAACAUGUUCGUCGGAGUGGUCGUCGAGAACUUCCAUCGCUGCCGCGAGGAGCAGGAGAAGGAGGAAAAGAUCCGGCGGGCAGCUAAACGAGCACUGCAGAUGGAGAAAAAGCGCAAAAGAAUGCAUGAGCCACCGUACUACACGAACUAUUCGCCGAUGCGCCUUUUCGUGCACAACGUGGUCACCUCGAAGUACUUCGAUUUGGCGAUCGCUGCCGUCAUAGGGCUGAACGUGGUGACGAUGGCGAUGGAGUACUACAUGAUGCCGCUGGCGCUGGAGUAUGCGCUGAAGAUUUUUAACUACUUCUUCACCGCCGUGUUCAUACUCGAGGCGGCGAUGAAGUUGCUUGCGCUAGGUGUUAAGAUAUACAUGAAAGAUCGCUGGAACCAGCUGGACGUCGCGAUCGUGAUACUGUCGAUCGUGGGUAUUGUGUUGGAGGAGCUCGAGACGAACAUUAUACCGAUCAAUCCGACCAUCAUUCGUGUGAUGCGCGUCCUGCGGAUCGCUCGCGUACUAAAGCUGCUGAAGAUGGCCAAGGGUAUCCGUGCUCUCCUGGACACCGUAAUGCAGGCGUUACCACAGGUUGGUAACCUGGGCCUGCUGUUUUUCCUGCUAUUCUUUAUCUUUGCCGCACUCGGUGUAGAGCUGUUCGGGCGGCUCGAAUGCUCCGAGGAAGUACCGUGCCAGGGUUUGGGAGAGCAUGCACACUUUGCCAACUUCGGUAUGGCCUUCUUGACGCUGUUCCGUGUGGCCACCGGUGACAACUGGAACGGCAUCAUGAAGGACACGCUGCGGGACGAUUGCGACGACGCGGCCGAUUGCGUGAAAAAUUGCUGCGUGAGCACGAUCAUAGCGCCGAUCUUCUUCGUCAUCUUCGUGCUGAUGGCACAGUUCGUAUUGGUGAAUGUGGUUGUGGCCGUGCUGAUGAAGCAUCUGGAAGAAAGCCACAAGCAGAUGGAAGAUGAAUUGGAUAUUGACACGGAGCUGGAACGCGAAUUCGAAAGAGAGCAAGAGUUUGAGGAGGAACAAGCGCUUUGCAUGCAGCUGAACGACGAUAACAAGCAAGUUCACAAACGCCCACUAACCAAAGUUUCUUCCUUGCCUUCGAAUUUCACGUACAGUACUCCGAUCUUGGAGAAGAAGAGCAAUAUUCAACGUCGUCAGACCAUACAGUAUUUCAACCAGAAUCUAGGCCUCUCGGUUUUCAACUCAUACACCAAUAACAAUUCCUAUGACGAAACGGCGGAAAAUAACAUUAACGCCGAGGGCGAAGAAAUUGUGGAGCCGGGCUGCCGGGACGACGGCAGUGGCGGCGGUGGUGGUGGUAGUGGCGUUGCUGUUGGUGUUGGUGGGAGCGUUUGCGGCGACGAGAAGAAGAUGAAGAAGAUUGGCGAGGGGCCGGAGGGCAAAGGGAUGGAAGGGUUGAACUCUGCCAAGGAGUACAACUCCAAAAACGUUAACAAGAAAAUUUUGAUCAACAAGACGAACCUUUUCAGCAAGUCUUGCGAUGGUCGGCCCUCGGGCGAAGGUAAGCGGAAGGGGUUCAAGGAUGAUGGGUGUCUCAACAUUACUCUACCGGGUGCCAUGGUGGGCGGUGGUACCGGUAAGGGAGAACCCCCCAGGACGGAGGAUCCUCGCCGAGGAUCGUCCGGGCCAGUCGGUCCGGUUGAUGGUGCGGAGGGCGAUCCGGUGGAAUCGCAAUGCUCGACAAUCACCUCGUCAAGUCGAUCGCGGCAUCAAGCCGGUGGCAAGCUGGAAUCACGUCAAUUGAGUUUAGACUACGAUCCAACCAGAACCCCGAAAGCGUCCUCGGACGGGCACGACGGAGCGCCGCUGGCCACCGAUGGUUGUCUGUCAGUGACGACGCUUGGCGCAAGUACGACGCCCACCGCUAUCGGGAACAGUGGCAGCAGCAACACGACGGCCAGUGGUAGCACUGUUUCGAACAAAUCGUUUCUCUCGGUUCCUAAGCUGCAGCCCAAAAGCAGAUCCGGCAGCACCAAGCAGCUGUUCAAACAGACUGCCCUGGACGAGGACGGUGAGACGAAUGAUGAGAGCUCCCUGCUGCUUCCGGUGGCCACCGUCGCCGAUAGUGGCAGUCCUGGCAGCAACCAUUGUCUCGGGGCCGGCGCUCUGCUCAGUAUACCGGGCGAGGGCGGCGGGUUCGGUGCGGAAUCGGUCAAAAAUUCGGAAUCGUGCGAAAUUAUUCGCAUCAUUUCCGAGCGACGCAAAAUCUAGUAAGCAGCGCAAAUAGAGAGUCUGUGUGUGUGUGAGUAAGAAAGAGAGAAGGAGAGAGAGCGAGAGAGAGAGAGAGAGAGAGAGAGAGAGAGAGAUAUUUCUCUAACCUCGUUUGCGUGCACACACCAUAAGCAAUUGAUUGAUUACAUUCGUAGGUUUGUUGAAAAUGGUAAAACUGUUCAUUAUUACAUCAAAGUAUUAUAAUUAGAUGGUCUUUAGAUAGUGAUUUUAUGCAAACAAACAGUGCCAACUCCAAAUCUCGAGCCGAGCGAAGUACGGCGGUAGGGGAAAAAAGCAAUUACAUCACUUACAUACGCCGGCUAAGCGGCCGCGGCGGAAUGGACCGAGACGUUUCGGAACCUUUCACUCUUUUCACACACUGGUUUCUCCAAUGGUGUCCUCUUGGUUAUCUUUUGGUAGAGCCGGAACUGAGGGGCUGCCAAGCAGCCUAACAAUCCGCUGCGUAGGUGCAAGUCGGCCAGCAGUGAGGGCAAUUAUUCAACUUCUACAAGGACAAGCUAAAAACAUGGAUCAAAAAGGACAAUCUUAGAGUAUCGCCUUUAUAGAAGAGAAUUUAGCGGGACGCAGAACUAUGAAGUUUUGUAUUCAUAUUGAAUUUAUGGUGUUUUAGGUCUAGUGAAACAGAAACAAAAAAACAAAGGGAAAGCUUAGCAAAUCCUCAAGCGUAACAAACAAGCGUGUACUCUCGUUAUUAUGGAAAGUAGCACUCUUCGAUUUAUCUAUUACUAUUGUUCCAGGUAAUAAAGAAAUAGUAUACGUAAA